AUGAAAAGAGGAGAUGACUUCUUCGCUGCUGUAGGAAACAAGUUCUGUUGUUCAGAACUCUUCUUACCAAUGGAUUAUAAACAUAGUCUGACUGGUCUACAUGUAAGAUGAGACCUCAAACUGGGAACUGUGCCAUCGGUUUUUCCUUGGACUAAAGUGAAUGAAGAAUUGCUGUGUAGAGAGAAAAAAACGGCAAAUUUCCAGAACGACUCUGUUGUUGUCAGUCCGCCAACUCUUGAAAAGUGGGUAGAGGAAACUAAGAUGGAAAAUGAAAGGCUCCUUCAUGCUGAAUUGCAAGAAUUAAAGAAUGUAAAGCUACAGUGUAGCAGAAAAUGUCUGUUUGGUCUGGAAAAAUUUUCAAGUAGUAAUGAAGAUAUAUAA